AUGCAACUCUCCUUCGCUUCCGGACUCAUGAUGUUGGCUGCGGCCUGCGUUGCCUCUCCAGCUCCUGCCACUGAACCUGCUGCAAGAGCUGCAGCAGAUAAAAUCCCUGGACCAUAUGAUUAUCCAGGCCCUUAUGAUUUCCUCGGGGAGGCCACAGGUCCGUGGGAAUGGUGCGCGCCUAAGGUUUACUGCCAAUUUGAUAAGGAUUGCUCCGCACAGGAGGACUGCAAGAAGAAAGCUGGAGGCAGGGGCGACCUCGCCCGCUGCGGCUGGGGCGUGUGGCCUCAAUCUUGCUGGACUUGGACCUAG